AUGAGAAUACGACUUCCCUUUGCAGGCGCAUUCGUGCUACUAUUACUUAUCGCCGCCUACGCCGGCUUGACAACGGUUCAACUCGGUCAAUAUGUCAACGACAAAGUGCUCCAUUUUUUCACUCUAUUCGUCCUCACGACCGUCUUCUACUGGGUUGUCGACACCAGCCGCCGGCGUACCUUGAACAUGACUCUGGUCGUGUGCACCCUCGUGCUCGGCGUCGGCUCCGAAUUUGUGCAGGGUUUCCUUGACAAUGGCCGGGACUUCGACUUGUAUGAUAUUGUUGCAAAUAUCUUUGGAAGCUUUGCUGGUCUUGGUCUUUGCACCUGGUACCACAAGCGCAUGCUCGAGCGAAAGAGACAACGCAGACGGUACACUGCCGUCCCGGGCGAGGACGAGGGUGAUGUCGAGCUUGGGGAGGGCCAGGAGACUGGCGUCGUUGAGGCCCCUAGCCGGUCUCGAACUUUGGAGGAGGAGGUUGACAACUGGGAUGAGAACCAUAUUGAUGAUGACUGGGACGAGGAGGAGAGCCCCGAGGCCCAUACUGCGGCCCAAGGUGGUGAUAAAAGUGCUGAAACUGGCGACUUGGGAGAAGGGAAGAAGCGGACGGACUAA